AUGUCGGCUUCCCUCCCAGGCGGCCGGGCCCUUCCCGAAUCCCAGUACGACCUCAGUACAUACUGGGGCCGGGUCAGGCAUACCGUUGGGAUCACAGACCCGAGGACUCUGUUCGUCGGCCGCACCGGGCUCGAGCAAGCCAAGAAUGCCCUGAUCGCAUACAAGACGGGCCAAAUAAAGGAGAUGACGCCUGAGCUAUGGAGGGCCAAGAAGAUCGUCGACUCAACGCUGCACCCGGAUACCGGCGAGCCCGUGUUCUUGCCCUUCCGCAUGUCCUGCUUCGUGCUGUCCAACCUGGUCGUCACGGCAGGCAUGCUGACCCCCGGUCUCGGUAACCGUGGGACAAUAGCCUGGCAAGUUGCCAACCAGUCGCUGAACGUUGCGAUCAACUACUCCAACUCGAACAAGUCCUCUCCGCUCUCGUGGUCCAAGAUCGCCCAGUCCUACUUCCUCGCCGUUACCGCGUCCUGCUCCGUAGCCGUCGGGCUAAACAGCCUCGUCCCACGCCUCAAGAGCCUCACCCCCUCCACGCGACUCAUCCUAGGCCGCCUGGUCCCCUUUGCCGCCGUCGCCAGCGCGGGUGCCUUGAACGUCUUCCUCAUGCGCGGCGAGGAAAUGCGCACGGGGAUCGACGUCUUCCCGGUCGUGUCCAAGACGAAGGCCGCCGCCAGGUCAGAGGGCGUCGCCAGCCCAAGCCCAAGCGCCGUUGCUUCUCCACCUGCAGAAAAGUCGGGUGCCGAGCAGCAGAGCGAGGGGACGGCAACGGAGAGUCUGGGCAAGAGCAAGAAGGCCGCCACCAUCGCCGUCGCCGAGACCGCCGCCAGCCGCGUGUUCAACAGCUCGCCCAUCAUGGUGAUCCCGCCCCUGGUCCUGGUGCGGUUGCAGAGGACGGAGUGGCUCAAGAGGAACCCGCGCUACACGACCCCUGUCAACCUGGGCCUUAUUCUGCUGACCAGCUAUGUUGCGUUGCCGCUGGCGCUGGCUGCGUUCCCGCAGAGACAGAAGAUCCGCGCGGAAAGUCUGGAGGAGGAGUUCCAUGGACGGGGUGGAGAGGCAGGUCUGGUUGAGUUCAAUAGGGGUAUUUAG